ACCACUGAUGUUGCAAGUACACAAUAUGUGUCUAGACCACGAGGUCAGAGGAGAAGCCAACAUGUCUCCAGCUUGACAAAUGGCUGUGGCCUGUGAAACUGUUUAUUAUUAUUAUUAUUAUUAGUGGUAGUAGUAGAAGUAGAACAAUUACAACAACAGCAGAAUUUGAUCACCUAACCCUUUUCCUAAAUAGCAUUUUAUAAAUUUAUAAGUGAAAGUGAUAGAAACACAAUCGGCAAAAGGAAAGUGUUGUACGAUUUUAAAGAUACAGUGUAAAACUGCACUGUGAGUCUAAAACAAAAAUUUGAUUUAGACUCUACAAAUUUGAGAUGUUACUUUUUUUCACAUUAAACUCACUAAAUUAUUGAAAAUAACUGAUUGUUGCAGCCUAUAUAAAACCAACGUAAGCUUCUAAACCAGGAUCUUGUUCUCAUGAAUACAAGGCUCAACAUGUCAGCUUCAUGAAAUCACUGACUUGGAAGAAAUCCCUCCGCUAAGGUCUCUUUUCACCGCUCUAGGUUUGUGUUGUAUAUUUCACUAAUAGAUGUGUCAGUGUUUGAACCUGUUGUUUCCAGUGGCAGGUAAACAAAGUGUCACAACCUGUGAGCUAUGAAGGAAACUGUCUGACUGGAUGCUUUAAUAGUCUUGGGACUGGAAUGCAAGUCAGAACAGGGUUCAGAAUCAACCUGUACAGGUUUGGCUAGACUCUCAUUUUCGAUCAGCUUUUCAUAACCUGACAAUCUCCCUCUUACUAGCACUUAUACAGUAUGUGUGUGGAUAUACGUUGUUUACCUGUAUUAUACAAAGAGGUAAACCCAGUGUUUGCAGGCAGUUGUCAGAUAUGAUGUAAUGAGUAUUUAAAUGUUUAGUUUUAUGUUUAUAUGUCGCAGUUAUUGCAGGACUAUGAGAGAGAGAAGGAUUAAUGAUCAACUUGAAGUGCGGUUGGAACAUUGCAGACGACUUGUGUUGGAAAAAAUGAGUUCAUCCUGCCCAGCGGUGACAACCAGCGUCUCCUCCAGGGAUCAAAGCCUUAGCUGCUUAACAUAUUCAAGACAGGAGACACAGAGGAAACGUGUUUAAAUAAGUGUGGUAUGGAUUGGAUCCUCUGUCCCGACCUACCUGCAGUCCUUAUUUGUCAGGCCUGUACUUCCUCUUUGCUUCAGACUGUGUAAGUCGCUGGUUUCUUCACUCCUCCCACUGACUCCCAUGGCUCAUUCUGGAUAUGUCAAGCAGCAAUAGGACAGGUCAGCUGGCCCAUUUCCUGGUUGAUGACAAUCAUCAACUCCCUGUUCCCCUGAACCCACGUUGGCUUUUAGAUUAGAAAGAAAAUACUUUCAGAUUGUUUUAUAAUCUAGGCAAACAAAAUAUUAAAAGUAAAAAUGUAUUUGUAUUUGAGUUUUUUGGGCUUCCAAUCUUGUCCAGCCCAGAGGGACAGAGAUGAGUUGGGCAGAGGAGGACUGGACAGUGGGCCUGUCUGGACGGGUCCUGCAAAAGGUGAAGGAGCUGCAGGUCCAACACGAUCGCCUGUCAAGAGAGACCAAGCAGAAACAGCUGCAGUUGGACAACAUCCAGACCAACCUUGAAAAACAGACUUUAAAGUAUGACGAGGUGCGUGGGGAGCUCCAAUCUGUGCAGAAAGAGCUCCAGAAUGUUCAUGAGGAGGCCAAAACAGCAGUGAGCAGCAGCGCGUGCCUGGCCCAGGAGCUGCAGACCAGGCAGGCACAAGUCUGCUCUUUUGAGGGUCAGCUCGAUGCUGCCCGCACCCUCAACAACAAACUCACCCAGGAGGUCAAAAGGUUAGAGGCAGAGCUUGAGAAGCUGCAGAACAGUAGCAGGUCGGCAGAUACCACUCUGUUUUCUACUCCCUGCUGGAAUACAUCCUCACCCUGGGAGCAUAAUGGAAGCAGAAAGGAAGAGGAGAAGCUGGGACAUCGAGAUGAAACGCAGAGCAAGCACAUCCGACAGCAGCUCCAGUUCUCAGACUCGCCCACAACUUCACUGCCAAGACAACAGCACAGGAGCACACCCCACCGCCACCCGUCGGACCAAUCGGAGUCCUUCUCCACUCCCUCGGCUGUGUUUCCGUGGGAACGGGAUGACACCAGGCCAACAAACAGGAGACAAUCCCAGACCUCUCCCCAGACGCCCAGCACUGAUGUUAUCACUCAGGGCCAGUUGGCAGUGGGGCUUUGUGGGAAAGAGAAGGACAACAGGACAGAGAGAGACACAGUAUCUUUAUCAGAGAUAAAGAGCCGUGUGUCUUGUCUGGAGGAGGAGCUGUUGGUGAAGACCAGGUCGUUGAAGUCCAUUCAGAACGACCUGGUGCAAAGCAAGAAAGACGUCACUUCCAGGGAGAUCGGCCUGCAGAAAGCUCGAGAUGAGCUCAGUCUGUCUCACACACGCAUCACCCAGGAGAGUGAACGGGCAUCAGGAGCUGAGCAAAGGCUGAAGCAGUCACAAGAUGAGCUUCGUUGUCAAAGGCAAAAUGCAGAGAGCAUCCGCCUGCAACACCAACAGCGCACCAAGGAGAUGGAGAAACAACAUCAGAAGGACAUGUUGGAGCAUCAGAAAGAGAGGCAGUGGCUUGAGAAGCAGCAUCAGCAGGAGGUGAAUAAGCUCAACCAGGAGCUGCAGCAGGCCAGGACGCUCCACAAUGCCCUGCAGGCUCAGAAUGACAAGCUGUCUCUACAGAAACAAGCACUGGACAAAGAGCUGGAGACUCUGAAAGAGAAACUGAAGUGGACGGACGGACAGCUGCUGGAGAGCCAGAGAAAAGAAGCACAGACACAAGCCAAACUAACGGAAUCGUUGCGUGAGACGGAGGGUGUGGCGGUGAGUCUGGAGCAGAGCAGGAAGAGAGAGCGAGAUCUGGAGGAGGAGGGGAGGAGACUGGCAGAGGAGAGAGCAGACGCCCUGCGUCUCCUCAAAGACCUGCAGGAGCAAAAAGCUGCACCAGCACCUCCUGUUCAGUUUUGCCCGGUUGGACAGAGUUUCUCCCCUCAGCCCCCUCGCGCUCUUCAUUCUCGAACAUCAACUCACACCAAGAGGACAACCGCUACCGUACGAGCCGAACGGAAGGAGGAGGAGGAGGAGGAGGAGGAGGAGGAGGAGGAGGAGAGCAUGGAUGAGAAAAGACCAGAGAUUUCAGCAUUUUACCCCUGUGACAGAGAGCCAGGGGAAGGCAUCGACUCUGAACACAUCUCUGCCGUCAUAUCCUCAGAGUCUGAGAGUUUACAAAGGGAAGGACUCAGCAGGAAAAGUAAGGAAGAAGGGAACAUGAGGAGGAAUAAAGCGGUAGAGUGUGACAGCACUGGAACACAGAAGCACUCCGGCUUUGAUCCUGUACUCUGUAUGCCCACAGACUCCUCUGUGGAUGUUUCUGAAAAGCUAGAGCAGGCCAAAGCCUCUGAAGACCUCCAGAGAAUCAACACCAUGCUGCGAUCAGAGAUAAAUGAUGUGCGUGAAGAACUCCAGAAACGAUUGGAGGACCUGGAAGUCCAACGAAGGGCUGAGGCAGAGGCCAGGACCCGGCUCAAACAGCUCAGAUGCAAACAUUCCAGCCAGGCUGUGGAGAAGGAGGAGAUGGAAAAGGAAUGGAGAACUCAACUGGAGAGUGAGAGGGCUGAGACAGAGAGGUUGAGGAAGGCCGUGGCUGCUUUGGAGACAGAGGUGAAGAGCAGAAAGGAGGAGAGUAAAAAGAACGAGAGAGAGGAGCUGGAGGAGGAGAAAAACAAAGAAAUAGAAGACAGAGAGAGUGAAAUGAUAGAACUUAACAUGCAGGUGAAGAAGCAGCUAGCGGAGGUAAAAGCACAGUUGGCUUUAGAACGAGAGGAGAGAAAGAGAGAAGAAGAGGAGAGGAACCAAAAAACAAACAUGGUCACAGAUGAAAAAAAGGAGCUGAGCACAAAACUUGCAGAACUUAAAGCUGAAUUGGAAGAACUGAAGUGCAGCAGAGAAGAAGAUGAGAGAGGAGGAGAGGAGAAACUAUUGAUUACCAACAGCCCGCUGAAGUACCUGACUCUCCAUGAUGAUGAGCUCAAUUCCAACAUUGUUCACUGUCACAACAAACUCCUCCCUUCUCCAGAGCAGCACCUUCUCUUCUGUCAGUCCACUAACCAACUCAACAUGCUGGUGUCUCAGGCAACAGCAGAUCUCAUCCACGAAGAACAAACAGUGAUAGAUCCCGAACGCCUGCCUCUGUCAGGUGAGGGACCAAUGGGUCAAGUGGCCUCUGACUCAGAAGAGUAUCUGGCCAGGUCUCCACUGUCAGAUCAGAGAGGAGAACUUUCUCACCUCCAGAAAUGUGGGUCUACCUCCCCAGAUAUGGAAAAAGAGGUGAACCGCUUGCACAAGGAGAAAGCAAAGGAAACACAACGUGCUCAACAGAGCCAGGUUAAACUGGAGGUCCUGCAGACCCAGGUGACACGUCAGACCCAGCAGCUGACCAUGGCCUUCGAGAAGCAGAGUCAGCACAUCUCAGGCCUUCUAGCUGAGCUACAGGAGAAGGAGGGUGCCCUCCUCAGCCAGGGAGAGGAACUGCAGCGAUAUAAGCAAGAGCUGCAAGCUUUCAAGGCUGAAAAAGAAGCUACAAAGGUGCGGAAUGACGAUCAAAAAGAAGAAAGUAGAGAUGAGACGUCGAUGGAGACCACAGAGCAACAACCAAACAAGAAACAGGACUGUACUGUCAUAUCGCACACUACACAGUCACUGGCUGGUGGAAAUUCUACUACACAGAGAGAUGAAGAUCAAACUAAGACUGAUGCAGAAACACUAACACCGGAAGGGGAUCGUGCACUAAGUGAACAGCAUCCAGUUUCUGUUGACUCAGACACGACUGAGAGUUAUCUUGAUUCUGCCUGUGUGAUGGAGGAGACUGAGAGCAGUCGAGAUGGAGGAAGAGUAGACGUGGUGUCAGAGCUGCUCGCUCUGCGACAGGAGAAUCAGCUGCUGAAACAAAGAAUAGGAGGCGUGACCAUAUCAGAGACCAGAAACCUGGCUUUACAGACAGACGCUGAAAACCAAGAAGACCCAGUCAAACAAAGCCAUUACACAGGAGAUGCUGCUGUGCCCUGCUUGACAGAGCAGAAGCCACCUAGUGUGAAAGAUAAAAUCACCCCUGAAGGGCAGGUGUCACUACUGCAGAAUAACAAAAACGAAAUAAAAAGUGAAGAAAAAAUAACAACAUGCGAAGAAGAAGAGCUGGAGGAAGAGUCUUGUCUGCAGAUCAACCUUCUAGAGCAACAGGUGGUGGCGCUGCAGAUGAAGAUUCGGGCUCUAUCUGAGGAGACUGAGCAGCAGACCGAGGAGCUCACUCUGUGGAGACUGGCCUCACAACCAGCUCCAACUAUUGACCAAAACCUUCCCAACAAAGACAACCAGGACCAAAGCUCUGCUGUCCGACAAUCCCAGUCACAGCAGCUGCAGACUGAUGAGAUGACCCACAUCCCACCAGGGACCAGGAGCCAGGCUCCGACUGCUCAGGUUCAGGAGAGCACCAGUAAAGUGACAGUCAUCAGAGAGGAUGAGUUAUUCCUCUCUUGCUCCUUAAACAAACUGCCAGGCCGCAUGUUGUUCUCCAGACUGCAGCACAGCAACCUUCCUGAGGCAAAGAGUUUCCUUCAAUAUAAACAGACUGCAGCUCUUCAGGAAUACAACCAGGACCCUGACAAGGAAUCUGAGAAAGAAAACAUUGUGCAGUGGUCAGAUACCAGUCCAUCACAGCACAAAGACAAGAAAGACUCUGAACUCAUCCAAAUGUCUUCAGAGAAAACAGGUCAACAAGUCACCAAAGGACCAACUAAAACCAAAACAGCAGAGUGUCCCCCGGAGAAUCCAGUGGGCAAACCAAACACUUCCAGAACAACCAGUGAAAUAAACACGACCAAUAACUCCUCAGAGAGAUCAGUCAGGACAGACAUGAAGAGUGUCAGCAGUCAGACAGAGGAGAGCUUGUAUCCUCGCAGCGCUCCAACAGCAUCUGAACUUCACGGUGCUUACACACAGACUGAAGAGGAGGAGGAGGAGGAAGAUGGAUUAGAUUUAGUGGAAUCACCUCCUGUGUCUCUUAUCCCAUCAUCAGAGGGGGCAAAGACAAGAGACAAGAUGUUGUUUUCAGGUUCCUUCCCCAUCCCGUCUGACCCGGCCCGUUUAGCUGAAAGAAUCCGCCGCAACAGGACGCAGCUGUCGGCUGCCUUUGACGACACCGAGUAUGAACCCUACGGACUGCCAGAGGUCGUCAUGAGAGGUUUUGCCGACAUCCCCAGUGGUCCCUCGUGUCCCUACAUCGUGAGAAGAGGUUUGUUGGGGACGUCUGUUUUACCUGUCCCGCAGAAAGACCUGGGACAGGAGGAGGAGACGGAUUAAAACACAGCCACAGGUCUGGUGGAAAUGAACUGAUCACGAAUCAUAAUGAUUCACUUUGAACCUCAGUGAUGAACAACGGCCUGCCUACAAGAACACUCCAGUCACCAGCAACAUGAAGCACCUCUUUCCUCAAACCAACAAAGAACCAGUAUAAAAAAAUGACGCAUUCACCCUGGACUUGUAAACGAGUGUUAGCAGGUAACAGGUCCUGCAGUGGCAGAAUGAACUCCUCCACUGUGGAUCUGAAAUAACUUAAUGGUCACUAGUUUAUCCUCUAACUGCUGUGAGGAGACAUAAUUGUCCGUCUUGCUGCAGUGACGUUACACCCGCCUGUUUUUUUAGCUGCAGAGGUGGUGAUUUAGUGAUGUUUGUUGAUUUUUUUCUGGAAGUUAACCACUACAAAGGGACUGUUUAGUUUUUCAGUACCUCAGAAUUAGGGUACGAGUCCAGCCUCGGCCUACUCUGAACGAACCAGUGCCUCGCUGAUGCUUUUCUAAACAAGCACUUGUCAAGAUAAGUUUGACUUGUUUUUCUAAAUGGGUGAAGCCAAGAAGGGCCUCUUGUGGAAAUUUGAUAUAUAUUUUUUCUUUUUUGAUUCAUGAGGUGGCUUAUUUAUGGACACUUGAAUGAGUUUCAGUAGAGGACAAGUGUUUACAAAACUUGCGUUAAACCUAAGUGAAAACGAUGUGAAUAAAACAUGUGUGUCCUCUGGAUGUUACUGUUUGUAUACGCGCCUGUGUGUGUGUGUCUGGGAGAGAGAGAGAGAGGGCCGAGCACACGUCUAUGACUCAGUGCAGUGGUUUCCGCUCCAUGUAUGGAGAUGCACACUGGGCUCUCUCUCUCUCUCUCUCUCCUCCCUCGGCUGCUUUGCUUCUCCUUCUAAUGAGGACUCAUUAGUCAGUAACUGUGUGAUGAACUGACCAAAAUCUAAACAUGUGUUUACUUCAGCUGGUUUCCUCUGAUUUAUCAGAGAUUAUUUAUUUGACUAAUUUGAUGGAUUGCACAUUUGUUACUGCAUCAUAGACACCAGUAGCCCACAUGAAUGUAUAGUGUAGAUUUUUGUAAAUGACUUUGAUUGAUGUACAGUUUCAUCAUGCCUCCUACCAGAGGAUAAUCACCACUUUGCUUCGCUUCCAAGGUUUCACUUGUUAGUGUAAGGACAGGUUCACAUUAUAACAGGUUCUAUUCUUAAAGUGAUACUCACAUGCUCAUGGGCACAUUGUACAGUCUACUUUCUGCCGGCUCCUGGCUGCAAAGAUCCUUUUUUAAAGCAGUCUUCAUGUGAAAGAUGGAGGAGAAAAUCCACAGUCUGCGUUCUUUAUGGAAAUAUGCACAUAAGUUAAGCAGAAAACUUCAAUCGCCUGAUUAAGGAGCUUUGUCACAGCAAUGAUAGAUCAUCUGUAUGAAAUUAUUUGGUGUGGAAGUUGGGUGACAAUACGGUCAGGCCUAUUUGGAAAUGGUUACUGCCAGUCAGUCUCAACAGCGCCCACAUAAUGAAUAGAUUUUUUUCUGUUCUUUUGACUCUAUCCUGGAAAACCAUUUUGUCCUUAAUUGUCAGGACAGUAGCUUCACGCAGUUUGUCCCAAAGACACAUUUGUCCCAUUAACUACGCGUGAACUGCUGCUCUUUCCGGAGCAGUCUUUAUACUCACAGAGGAAGUUUAAUAAAAAUACGUGGUACAACACACAUAUACUUGUGAGCCCCAAUGACGUCCUUCAUUUUGGACCCUGGCUCCUUGUCCUCUCAUUGGUCAGCCCUGUCAUGAUAGCUUGCUAUUGGAAAUUGGUUUGAAUUUGAAGCACAAAGUUAAACAUGACUCCAAAGAUGGCACAGGUACAUUUUUAUCUUAUUUAUUUAAUUUAUUUACUAAUCACAUGGACUCCAAUGAAAUAUUUUUUCAGUUUUUAAAUCUUUGUGUGACCAAACCUUUAAUCAAGGCAUGUGGACAUCCUCCACAAAUAUUCUUUAUAUAACUAAAUCUGCUCCUCCGGAUUCUACUGGGCAGUGUUUACCUGAGAUGUUGUGGAGGGACUGUAUCUGAAUGAGGGAAUUUCUUACUACAAAGACAACGCUGGAAUAUAGAUGCUUGAUUUGUGUAUAACUCAGACUCUUGAAGGCGUGUACCAGCUUCAGAAAUAGGACCUGUGACUUUGUCCCCCUUUGAUAACACUGACAUUGGUUUAACAAAGGUUCUCCUGCAGAAAAUAUGAACAGUUGAACAAUCAAUACAACCGUUUAUUCUUCAAUUUACAGAUAAGCAUGUGGGUGAUGUUUUAAAAGUAAAUGUGAACCUAUCCUUUAAAACCCUGCUGUGCUGUCUUUCAGUGUUACUUGAAAUAUUUUAGGCUGAAGGUUUGUUGACACGUGAGUGUUAAAAGUGUGGAUUGAUCUAGUUUUUUGAAUGUUUAUAUUUUAUUUGAAGGGGGAGUUGUCACUUCCUGGUCUUGUCUUAUUAACUCACAACAUUGGACGGUUACGAUUCAGUACCGUCGCUGUUCAUCUGCAAUGUUGUCACCAAUCACACACACACAAAAACACACAAACACACACUCCCUCCCUCCCAGCUGCCUUCAUAUCUCUGAGAUCUGUAGUGCUUUGGCAGCGCGGUGAGGGGGGGGGGGGCUGAGCAGGGAGGUUCACUGUGUAUCUUGUUGCCUUGUUUUGGACUCUUUGAUGUGAAUGUAUCUGUGUUGUGAUUUUAACUAGAAUAAAAGGCUUGAAUUUAA